AUGGUGGGAGAUACCUAUGACGCCCCACCCAUCGCCGUCGGCGACUCGAAGCGCGAGAAUUCAGACAAACACUCCUUCUUGGAACUACCAGGCGAAAUCCGCAAUCAAAUCUACGAGUACUUUGUCAAAUCUCCGUCACCGCUUGACGUACGCUACCACGGAAUAAACUGUUGGACUACGACGUUAUAUCUGCGUCUCAACGGCGAAGUACGAAUCCCGAUCAACAUUUUCCUCUCCUGCCGAAAGCUAUACCACGAGGCAGCUUCAGCUUUUUACGGCAACAACACGUUUACGUUGAAACCAGAUGACGCAGGCGAAACAAACCACUCAUAUAUCGAGAUAGCCAGCAUCUUCAUUACUCGCUUGGGUUCGCAAGCUCCUUGGCUCUCCAAGCUUGAACUGGAUGUGAGCUGCCUAAAAGGGUACGAAGACCACAGCUGCUACGAGGGAAAUGGUUCUGCAUUUCCUUCGAUCAAAUGGAAAUGGGACGACAUUUUCGAAGUUAUGCCCCUCCUCCGCGCCAUCUGGAGUCGAAACUUGAAGGUACUUGUUUCUUUCAACAAGGUCGUGGAUGACAGUCCUCAAGGUUUCAUUCUGCGCACCACGUGUGAUACUACAGCCAUGACUGUUGUAUUUCAGUCCAUCUGCCAGGGCCAACUUCAACUCCAGCGCUACGGACAGCACCUACGCGCGGUCGCUCUCAAGCGAGACGGAUCUGGUGGGGUACUCUGCUGGGGUACUACUCAACCUCCGCCAGGACCGUAUUAUGGCCCCACACGUCGCUUCCAGGCGAACCCUGACUAUCUGACGGACUUUAUCGCUGAAGAUAACGGGUCUCGGCUCAAGCUUGUUACUAAACGUAGCACACCGUUGACUUUGCUCACCCUUCCCGAAUCCCUCCAGCAGCGGAUUUACAGCAUGGUUGUGCAUCCCGUCGAGGGCACAUCUAUCGAUCUCGACCACGACACGAAAUUCAGAUGCGGACUAGUCCACGUUAACAGGCACUUCUACGACACUUGGCGCGACAGGUUUAUCUUCGGGAAUAAAUUCAUACUAACCAUGACAACAAGGCAGAUGCACACGACCUUUGAUGACUUCGACAAUCUCCGAACUUUCCUCCGCAAAACCUACCAGUGCAUAUCAUCCUACUCACCUGGAAAACCGGACACCAUCACCGCGCAAAUCGUUACGCCUGACAAGACGCAUCAACAGCCUGGCCCCUCGUACAUUCUUCGAUUCGAAACCGACAGUGCAGUCUCUCUUGCUGAUGUGCGAAUUAAUGUGUUGCCGUUCAUCAUGGAGACGUCGACUACACAAGCAACAAACACGGUAAUGUUCCAGAUCUGGACGAGGCCCAGCACCGACGCACCAUCUACCUUGAUCACAUCUCAUACCAUGACCAUCCACAAACUACGACUCAACAUCGUACUAGCAAUAAUGACCCAUGUAUACUCCGACCCCAGAAACCUCCAUUCCGACAACGAACUCCCAGACUUCUACAUCAACGGCUUCGGAGAAGUCGUCCAGACCACAGCUCCCACCGCCGAUUACUGUUCCGCCAGCGGGCCCUGGGAACCAGCCUCCUCGUUCGUGGACGAUGAAGAACAAGAAAACUAUCGUGACUUGACAGUCCAUCCGAUUGACUACGUCAGCGGCCACUACUUCCAUCCUGACUGUCGGUAUCCGUAA